AGCGGCACCGGAGCCAUGGCGCAGCUCCGCCUCACCGACUUUUUCGGCCGUGCCAAGGCGGCCGCCACCGUCCCCGCCAAGCGUGUUGGCGGCCCCCGGUUGAAGGCAGCCCCGGGGAGCCCCGGUGCACCGGGAGGCCGAGGAUGGAGCCCCCCUCCCGCUGCCACCGCUGCCCGCAUCGCCCCGCACCCCGUCCCGCGGCGCUGUCCCCGCCGUGCCGGGGCUGGCGGGCAGGAAACGGAGCCGCCGGGAGAUGGAAGCGGAGCUGGGAACCGGGACCGGCACCGGGGAGCGCGGGGGGAAAUCGGCGAGGAAGAGGCUGGAGCUGCCCGCGGUCGCCAGCCCCCCCCCGGCUAGAGCCCCCCCCGGUGGGCAGGACGCGAUCCUCCAGCCGGGAGCAGGACGGUGGAGCCGUGCCACGGAAAGCCCCGCGCCUGGAGCCGGAGGACCUGGCCGCGCUGCAGAGCCGCCUGCAGAGGAUGAAGAUGAAGAUGAAGGCUCCAUCCCAGCUGCCUCCCAUCCCCGCUGGGACCGGUGCUGAGCUGCGGGGCCGCCUGGAGACCCUGCGGGGCCUGGAGCUGCGGCUCCGCGACAAGGCGGCGGCGAGCGGAGCACGGGCGCAGGAGGCAACAGCUCCGGCAGCAGCAGGAGAUGGGGGCCAGAAGCUCCCCGCGUACCAGCGCUUCCACGCCCUCGCGCAGGACCAGCCGCCGGGGCUCACGCUGCCCUACAAGUACAAGGUGCUGGCCGAGAUGUUCCGCAGCGUGGACACCAUCGCCGGGAUGCUCUUCAACCGCGCCGAGACCAUCACCUUCGCCAAGGUCAAGCAGGGGGUGCAGGACAUGAUGCGCAAGCAGUUUGAGGAGCGGCACGUGGGCCAGAUCAAGGCGGUGUACCCCACCUCGUACCGGCUGCGCCAGGAGAAGAACAUCCCCACCUUCAGCAGCGGCGUUAAGAAAUCCGACUACCAGCUCACGCUGGAGCCCGUGCUGGGGGAAGACGAGAAGCUGUGCGGCCGCCCGCACCUCUCGGCGUCGCGCCUGCUGGAGCGCAGGAGGGAAUUCAACCGCAGCCUGGUGAACAUCGUCAAGCAGCACCACGCGGCGUUCCUGGCCGGCCUGACGCCCCCCAUGGUGGUGCCCGAGGACAAGCUGACCCGCUGGCAUCCCCGCUUCAAUGUGGACGAGGUGCCGGACAUCAGCCCCGCGGAGCUGCCGCGGCCACCGCAGGAGGAGAGGGUCACCACGGCCCAGGAGCUGCUGAGCACGGCUCGGGGCAUGAUGAUCCCCAAGAUGGAAAAAGCUCUUGCCAACCUGGCCCUGAGAAGCGCUGAAGCCGGUGCGGGGGAACCGAUGGUUUCCAAAGCACCAUCCCCUGCCAGCACCUCCAGCGCGCUGAAGGGGGUGUCCCAGGAGCUGCUGGAGCGGAUCCGUGCCAAGGAGGCGAGGAAGCUGCAGGCGCUGAUGACCCGGGACGCGGGGCAGGAGGAGAGGCUGACCCUGCUGGGGAGGCUGCCGGCCAUGGCCCGCGUCCUGCGCAACGUUUUCGUGGCCGAAAAGAAGCCGGCGCUGCCCCUGGAGGUGGUGUGCGCCCGCAUGGCCGAGAGCUUCCCCACGCAGAUGACAGCGGGAGAGAUGGAGAAGCACCUGCGCCUCUUCGCCGAGCUGCUGCCCGACUGGGUGGGGAUCCACGCCAUCAGGACGGACACCUACAUCAAGCUGGACAAGAACAAGGACGUCGGGCUGGUGGUGGAGAGGCUCACCAAGGUGGCCAAGGAGGCUGAAGCGCUCUGAGCCCGAUGAGGGUCCGGGCUUUUCCCCUGCGUAAUCGUCUCCGUAGGCGUAGCGAAGCCCCUGGGGGGUGGUUGAGGAAGAGGAGAGUGGGCAUUAAUUGUAACUAGUUCCUUUGCCAGGGGGCUGUAGUUAACCCCAAGGUGAAGGCAGGCAGUCCUGGGGUGCUGACGAGGAGUUUCUGACCUGUCCCGAGGCAGGAGCUUCCACCCAGGGACCGGUGUUGGGAGUGGUGGAGGCAGGGGGAGAGGGUGGCGAGGAGGAAAGGAGCGAGAGGAGAAGUCCCCAAUUUGCUGUUUUGGCUCUCCGGGGCCUUUUUGUUGUGUUUUUUAAGGGCGAGGGCAACGCGCAUCUCCAGCCCCGGCUGGAAACGACGCCGGGACUUGUCAAAAACAUCUUUUGCAUUAAAAUGUUUUAAAUCCA